GUUUGUUGUGCAGUUGGGGCGGAAUAGGAAUGGCGCGUUGGGUGUUUAUUGUGGUCUUAUGUGCCGAUUUGGUGUUAUAAAAAGCGGUUUUUGAAUCAAACAUUUUAACAGAAUUAGAAUAUAUAGUGAUCUAUCUUGGUUUUUUUUGCAAUUGUGUUAUUGGCAUUUCGGUUAGGUUCGUGCUGGUAUCAAGUGUGUGGAGACCUGGUGCUAAGAGCGUAUUAAUGUAGACGCCGUCGAGGAAGCCAGGAGUUGCCGUAUCACGGUGAUUGAUUGCGGAUUCGAUACGUGAUGCCGUCGGCGCACCUGACGCUGCGCGAGGAGGACGUGGUGCGCCUCACCCUCGAGUUCUUACACACCCGGGAGCUACACAUAUCUCAGCUCAGCCUAGAGCGGGAGACGGGUGUUAUCAACGGCACGUUUUCAGACGACGUUCUGUUCCUCAGGCAGCUAAUCCUUGACGGGCAGUGGGAUGACGUCCUUGAAUUCAUCCAGCCACUGGAGGCGCUUCAGGCAUUCGACAUGCGUCGAUUCCGGUACUCGAUCUUGCGCCACAAGUACGUGGAAUUGCUCUGCAUAAAGUCAGAGGCCCUGGUGACGUCUGGUCCCAUCAGCAAUGUGGACAGUGCCGUCGAGGAUGUUGUUAAAGUGCUCCACGAACUUGAACUCGUGGCGCCUUCCAAAGAGGAUUACUCAAAUUUGUGUUUGUUGCUUACAUUACAGCGUUUGUCAGACCACCUGCAGUACAAGGACUGGAACCCAAGCAACGCCCGCGUUCAGUGCUUUCGAGAAGUGUUUCCUCUGGUCGAGAAGUUCUUACCCGGUGAUAGGAAGACCUCAGAGCAGGCUUCAAAUAUCGUGAAUACUACAGCGAAAAACGACAGACUGAUCCAUUUAAUUAUAAAGGGAAUACUUUACGAGUCUUGUGUCAACUAUUGUCAGGCUAAAGCCACGGGUUCCAAGGAUUCCCAGCAACAAGAAAUGACUUUCUCGCGUCUAUUGGACGGUUCUGUGGGAUAUAGUGACUCAGAUCUCAGUCUGUUGUCCUGGUUGCAGAGUAUACCGUCGGACACUUUCUCAGUGCCGUUCGAACAGCGAACUCUUAAUGUGGAUAUCGAACGGUUGGAACGGCCAUCCCUGGAGACCUCUUGGACGGAACACAUGUUAGUGACGCCUAUCAAACCGAAAUUGUUCCCACAUUCGGCCAUGCCGUUCACCCGACCUCGAUCCGCUGCCGAUGUCAUGUCGCGGUCCUUGCUUCCAGCUUUAGACGGACUGCCCUUUGGACUCGCUGGUCAGCAAGGCAGUGGCGGUGGCUUGGGAGCUCAUAACCGGAACCAUAGUCCGAUGAUGAUGGCGCUUUCUACUGGGGAUAUCAACACAGGCAACGCGAUGUCUCGUUCGUCCUUCGCCAGUUUCCACCUCACUGGUUACAAGAAUAACAAGCUGAUGAACACGUCGGUAGACAGGCUGUUUGAAAACGAUGGUGAUGUUUUCCUGAGCAGUAGUUACGCUGAUUUCCAGCAGUUACCGGCGAUUCUAGAAAGUACCCCAAAACCGCAACCCCCUCCUCGUGCCAGAGGGAGAUCUCGCAGCCCUGAUAAGAAAGGUGGCGUGGUCUCCUCCGCCGCGUCCACACCCGAGCACAGAGGCAGAGAGUCUCCUGCGACAGCGAGGUCGUCCCGCCGGGACUCGCUCACGGACAAGCCGGCGGCCAUGCACAGUGGCACAACGGUGGUGCUGACCGGAGCUGAGGCCAGUCCCGACCAGCAGCAAGGCUUCGACGGCGAUUUGCUGAAGGAGUACCAACGCCAGAAGCAGCGGCUCCAGGAAUCUCUGCAGGUGAAGGAACGAGAACGCGAGGAUUUGAUCCGACAGCUUCACACCACGGACAAUCGAUUGCAGGACAGCAGCCUGAAGCCUGUCGGUAAAUUGCCACCGCCUACAGUGGCCGGAGCUGGAGGCACCGUCAUAGUCAGAACCAACCCCGCGCCUCCUUCCGAUGCUACCAACCGAGUCUCUGUAAUCAGCAACCAGGCCUCGUCACUUCGGCCGGCAUCCAUUACCAUGAACGGGACGGGGGAUUCCAUCAGAAACACGCAGCCUCCGACGUCAUACCAUGGCGAAAACGCUGGUGACAUUUCUGGGCUUCAAGAAGGGCACUACGAUGCUGUUAAGCCCGUGCCUCGAGCAGAUGCUGAAGUGAAUGGUGGAGGGGGAGGUGCCGGAAGGCCUCGGUUUGUGGCUGUCACGUCUCUAGAAGAUGUUCAAGCUGUUCGCUGCGCGGAGUUUCACCCCCAGGGCAAGCUCUACGCCGUGGGGUCCAAUUCCAAAACAUUACGUAUCUGCUCGUACCCCAAACUCUCAGAUCUCAGGGAGGACCAUGUCACGUACCAACCGACAGUACUCUUCAAACGCACGAAGCAUCACAAGGGUUCCAUCUACUGCCUGGCAUGGACACCGAUGGGGGACUUAAUGGCUACUGGGAGUAACGACAAGACGGUGAAGCUGAUGCGGUUUAACACGGACACCUCGAACCUGGAAGGACAAGAGAUUGAACUGACAAUGCAUGACGGGACAGUGAGGGACCUCUGCUUUCUUGAGGACACAAGUAACAAGUCUAGCCUUCUGAUCAGUGGCGGUGCUGGUGAUUGCAAGAUCUAUGUCACCGAUUGUGCCACUGGUACUCCAUUCCAGGCUCUGAGUGGUCACUCAGAUUCCGUAGAAUUAUAGUUGACGUGCCACGAUGACGCUCGAACCUCGGGUGCAUAAAAGAGCAAAGACUCUGUUCGGUUUACUUACUACUGUAUCAAAGUCCGUGUGAUGUGUGACCAGAAAAUGGAAUAUUCUGGAUGCGG